AUGGCGGCCGCUGUUCCCCAUGCGCAGCAAGUGGUUGAAGGGCUCGUUACGCAGCUGAACCAGCGCUCGGAGAUCGUUACGUUGCAGCGCUCCGUUGGCCUCGACGUGUCCGACUCUCAGGCCAGCGCCUUCGUAGCCCACCUCAGCCAGAUGUCCGUGAGCUUGGAUGGCGCCGCCCGCCUGACGCGCCAGGCUAAGCUGGGGCCCUGGUCCAGCAGCCAGAUGGCAAACAUCGCGGCCGCGGUCAACGCCGCCGCAGAACGCACCGACCCUUCGGGUGGCACGCGGCCGCCGCAGACAUGCGACCCCUUGGAGAGGUAUUUCACGCAGCAGCUUCACGAUUACUUCAAGAGUGAUGUCAUCGAUGUUGAUAUUGCUACCCGCAUGGUGGCCGUGCAGCUGUACAAACUGGGGCUGGUCUGCCCUUCGAACCAGGUGCUGAAGCGCGCGACGAGCAUCAUCCAGUUGGCUGGGCUCAAGGUGACGACCAUGGGCGCGGGCAGCCAGUCGAACAUCGGAAAGAAUAUCAGGAGCUACGUCAAGAGCUUGGACAAGGAUAAGAAGUUCCCGCUGGCACACAUCCUCGUGCAUCCAGCUGACCCGUCGGCGUUGCCCGCUGCCCACCUGCAGCAUGCUUACGGUGACAGUCAGCCCGUGCCGUUCGUGAUUGAGGGUCUGCCUUGCGCGACGGCGUCCUGCGCCUACCGCGAGUCCAAGAAAGGUGUGAAGGAGCAGGGCAGCGCAGUUGUCCCCUACGGCACUUCCACGGAGCAGAUGAUGGCAACGGCGGUGACUUCGGCGAUUGCCCCCCUCGCGCAGGUCAUGCAGCAGGCGAUGGGGACCAUCCCUGGGUUGCAGAUCUUCGGGGCCCCGAAGAUGGUGCAGCGUCGCGCGCCCCAGGACCUGGAGCAGGCCGUCAGAGAUGCAGCCGAGACGGCCAAGCUGCGCAAGCGCAGGACCACGGCUGAGGCAGCGGCCGACGGCGGCAAGGCCGCUGGCGCCGCCGCGCAGACUGGCGCCGCCAGGAAGAGGCCAGCUGCGGCCGUCGUCAAGCUCUGCGCCUCCGACUUCCGCUCCGAGGCCACGUGCAAGGCCACCUACCACAAGGGGAAGAACGACUGGACUUCGAGGGCGUACGGAAUCGCCAAGAGGCGGUGCUUGUCGAGUGGCAUGGGCGAGGACGAGGCGAAGGACGUUGCGAAGGAGGUCUACCACGUGGCGCUGAAGUCGUACGAGCGUGUAUUCGGGAAGUAG